AUGGAGGACUAUGAGAAAGCUUGGUCAAAAGUAAAGUGGUUCUUUUUCGGUAAGCCAUUUCUUCUCCAAAAAUGGUCCCCCAAGUUGCGUCCCAAGGGUGAAAAUCUCAACUCCUUUUCGAUUUGGGUAAAAAUUCAUGACUUAUCGUUGGUGUGCUGGAAUUCGGAGGGGAUUUCUACGAUUGCUAGCAAGAUAGGUAUACCACUUGCUGUGGAUGCCCUUACUGCCCACAUAACUCGUCUCACCUUUUCUCGUGUUUGUGUUCAAGUCUCUGCUAACGUUGUCUUCCUGGAUGAAGUCCCUAUUUCUCUGGAGGAUGAAGUCUUUAGCCUAAAAAUUCAAUACGAGUGGAAGCCAUCUCCUUGUGAGCACUGUAAAUCCUUGGCACACUUCUCUUCUUCUUGCCCUUCUAAACUUGAGUAUGCUUCUAUCCCGGUCACGUCUGAGAAUACUAAUUUUUGGUGUUCCUCUUCUUGUGGGCAGAGUAGGAGUAGAAGGCCUCAUUCUCACAAUCCCCCUAUUACCCCUUCUAUUCCUCUUCCCAACAAUCCCGCUGCCUUGCAUCCUAUUCCCACCACAACCCCUGAUGUAGCCUCGAAAUUUACCUCGGCCCUACCUCAACCAUUAAAUGUCCCUCCUCCACAACAACUCCCCUCCACCAUUAUUCACUCCCAAAACAAUGCUCCAUAUGGCUUGACCAUCCCCGCCCCAGCCCCUCCUACCUCUGUGGACCCGCCUGCUUCCAACAUCCCAAACUUAAACUCCCCCACUGAUGAGGUUUCCUCCUCGAGCACCAACCCCUUGCCAAGCUUAACUUCUCCCCCCAAAGUUUAUUCUCCCAAUAAAUUUGAUACAUUACAACUUUUAGAGGAAGACCAGGGAACUUCGACUACAUGUCUUCUCUCUGUUAAGGAUACCUCUACAUUUGUUAUGGAUGCGGAAGUCACUUUACCCCCACCAAGUCGAACACAAUCUGCUAAAUCUUCUAAGGGAAAGCAAGCUAGAAAGCCCCUUACUCCUCAUAGAUAA